CUCCCUUCCUGUGGAUGGUGUAUCUCUCUCGCAGUCUGUUGGAGCUGCACACACGGAUUAGGGGGUUGCUGAGAGUGUCUGCUCAAAGCCAGUGGACAGAAAACAGAGAAUCUCUAGGAAAAGGAUAGGUUUGCACAACUGGGUAGGUGUUCUGCACUCACUUUUAUUCAGCCUCUACGUCUCAUCCCAUUCGAGCUGUAGGAUCACUGAGCCUUCACCUGGGAGAGGACAGAUUAACCAAAGGAUCAUUGUACCCUGGACCUGAAUACGGGGAGCCAUGUGAGCAGCACCCCUCCACCGACUUCACACAACAGAACUGCCCCACAGCCGGCACUCUGAUUUGGGAAGCACAGCCAGGAUUUUGCCCCUCUUCUUGGAAAGUCUACUUAUAGGACUCGUGUGGGGGGGACCCUCCAGGCUCAACGUACCUCAGCGGAGGACACUCAUCUCGGGGUCAGGCUGUGAGUGCCCCCCUGGUCUGGAGGCCAGCCAGCAGCACUCCAGCACCAUGGAUUACCUGCUUGGGACUGUAGUGCUGCUGUGUAUUGCAGUGCAGCUUGGGAGAGGAGUUGAGCCCAAGCACAAUGUACCAAGACUAAAGCUGUCAUACAAGGAGAUGUUAGAGUCCAGUAAUCUUGUGACCUUCGACGGCUUGGCCAACAGUUCAAGCUAUGACACAUUUCUAUUGGACGAGGAGCGGGGGAGGCUACUGGUUGGAGCAGAGGACCAUGUCUUCUCAUUUGACCUCGUUAAUAUCAACAGGGAACACAAACAGCUUGCGUGGCCGGCCACCCCUUCCAAGAGGGAUGAAUGCAAAUGGGCAGGAAAAGAUCUGGGGAAAGAAUGUUCUAACUUCAUCCGAGUCCUUCAACCAUACAACCAGACCCAUUUGUACAUCUGUGGCACGGGAGCCUUCCACCCCAUCUGUGCUUAUCUGGAAAUGGGCAAGAGGGCCGAGGACAACGUUUUCCGACUGGCCUCACUAUUUGAGAACGGCCGCGGCAAAAGCCCCUAUGACCCUAAAAUGCUCUCUGCGUCCCUUCUGAUUGAUGGAGAGCUGUAUUCUGGAACAUCUGCUGAUUUCAUGGGAAGGGAUUUUGCCAUUUUUCGUACGCUCGGGGAUCAUCACCCAAUCAGAACCGAACAGCAUGAUUCAAGAUGGCUGAACGAUCCUAGAUUUGUAAGCGUGCACUUGAUCCCUGAAAGUGACAACCCUGAAGACGACAAGCUCUUCCUGUUUUUCAAAGAGAAUGCCAUGGAUGGAGAACACACUGGGAAAGCCACCAUUGCCAGGAUAGGACAACUGUGUAAGAAUGACAUGGGAGGCCACAGGAGCCUGGUGAACAAGUGGACCACUUUCCUGAAGGCCCGACUCAUCUGUUCCGUCCCUGGGGUCAAUGGCAUUGACACACACUUUGAUGAACUACAGGACGUGUUUCUCAUGAGCUCCAAGGACCCAAAGAAUCCAGUCAUUUAUGCUGUGUUCACCACGUCCAGUAACAUAUUUAAAGGCUCAGCCGUUUGUAUGUAUAAUAUGGCAGACAUCAGGAGGGUUUUCCUGGGCCCCUAUGCCCACAGGGAUGGACCUAACUACCAGUGGGUACCAUUCCAAGGGAGGGUGCCCUACCCUCGCCCUGGCACUUGCCCCAGCAAGACCUUUGGAGGUUUUGACUCUACCAAAGACCUUCCUGAUGAUGUCAUCACCUUUGCCAGGGGCCACCCUGCCAUGUACAACCCAGUGCACCCAAUCGGGGGACGACCUAUCAUGGUCCGAACAGAUGCAGACUACCAGUUCUCCCAGCUGGUGGUGGACAGAGUGGAGGCCGAGGAUGGGCAGUACGAUGUCAUGUUUAUUGGCACAGAUGUAGGAACUGUUCUAAAAGUGGUAACCAUCCCCAGAGAAAGCUGGCAUGACUUGGAGGAGGUUGUGUUGGAGGAGAUGACUGUCUUUAGAGAGCCUACUACCAUUACUGCCAUGGAGCUGUCCACUAAGCAGCAACAGCUGUACCUUGGAUCAGCCCUGGGUGUAUCGCAGAUGUCUUUGCAUCGUUGUGAGGUGUAUGGGAAAGCCUGUGCCGAGUGCUGCCUGGCCAGAGACCCUUAUUGCGCCUGGGAUGGUGCAGAGUGCUCAAGAUACUUUCCUACAGCCAAGAGGAGAACCAGGCGACAAGACAUCAGAAAUGGGGAUCCUCUCUCUCAGUGCUCAGACCUUCAGCAUCACGAUGACGCAGACGGAUUUGGAGGCAGCGUGGAGGAUAGGAACGUGUUUGGUGUGGAGAACAGCAGCAUGUUUCUGGAGUGUAGCCCCAAGUCUCAGAGAGCGCUCAUCUACUGGCAGCUGCAGAAGCCCAACGAUGAUCGGAAGCAGGAGAUCAAGAUGGAUGACAGAGUGGUGCGUACAGACCAGGGUCUGCUGAUCCGCAGCCUGGCUCAGACUGACACAGGAAUCUACCACUGCCAGGCGGUCGAACACGGCUUCAUUCAGCCUCUACUGCGACUCAACCUGCAGGUCAUCCCCACCAACAAGCUGGGUGACAUUUUGCCUGGAUUUCCCGGUACAGGAGGGGCUAUGGGCCACUCGGCUAAGCACAGGGUGUGGUACCGAGAUUUCCUGUCUCUCUUAGACCAUCCUGAGCUGAACAGUGUGGAGGAAUUUUGUGACAGAGUUUGGAAGAAAGAGCGCAAACAGAAAAAGGCAAAAGCUCCCAACGGCAAUGGUCAGGGUGGUGCUGCCAAGUCUGUGCUACGGCCUAAAUCUUCAGCUCCAACUGCUCAGAAGCAGCAAGCUAAUCCACCACACGGCAGACCAUGGCCACAGAGUGGAGCUCCAAAAACAGAAGAUCCAACACGGAGUCUGAAUUCCCCCAAAAGUCGACAAAAUCUGGGGGUGUUAAACGGUCAGGCCAUUAAAAGCAACCAGAAGACUCAAACAGCACAAAAGGGGCAGAGUGGCCUGGUUGGUUCGCAGGUGGUCGGGGCGUCUCGGGCGAGCAGCCAGCAUGCAGCCAAGUGGAAACGGAUGCAGGAAAAUAAGAAGGGACGCAACAGGAGGACCCAUGAGCUUCAAAGACCACCGCGCAGUGUCUGAGGACAGAACAGACUGCUGAGAUGCACGCAUUCAGCCCGAUCUACACACAUUACAAGCACAAUGGCACGCAUCUACAUGAACACGUUGUAUAAGUUGUGACCUCAACAAAACCAUCUCACACUUUUGUCAACUAUAUCUGCAAGAAAGUAUGUGAACCGCAACAAAUAAAGCCUCAUUCAAGGACAAACGUUUUAGAAAGACGAGCAGAGGACUUAAAGACUGGAUUGUUUACUGUAAAUGUGUGAGGAAACGGCUGACCCCCAGACAGUUUCAACCUCCUGUACAUAAGCUAUGAAAAAUGAGACCAGGACAGAAACAUGUGGAGUGGACAGUGGCAAGCCCGCGGAGUUUCUCUGCAAUCUGCUGCAGCUUCUGACCUGAGCAUGUGGACUCACGUACGUGGAAAUUUAUUAAAACUCUUAUAAUGAAUAACUUUUAAAAAGAGGAAAGAUCAGCUGGUCUUUCAUGACAGACAACAGCACCCCUGAAGGUGGAAAGAGAAGGGUUCAUCUCAACAUGUGCACAACUUUCCCCAUUUGUUUUGAGACAAAUGAAAGAAAUAAAGAAUAAAUAAAUCAUGCAAAGAUACUCCAAUGUGCAGACCGAGUGCUCCAUCAUGACCUUCUCUGCUGCAGCUGGGAAAGCAUUGUGCAUGUUGUCAGUGUUUCACAAAGCUAAUUUUUUUUUUACAUCCUAACUAUAUCAAAAACAGUGUUUUUUUAUUUUAUUUACUUUACUUUCCAACCCUAUGUUUAUGUUUUGAGGGCGAAGUUUCACACCAGCCUUCCCUGUGCAUAAUCCCUUCUGCUCCCAACAUCUUCAGAGUAACUUAUUAUGUUGAGACUGUAUUUCUGCCACUGGGCCACAAAUCCCAGUGAAAGGCUAUGGAAAAAAUACAGUCUGAGAUGAGGCUGUCAAGUUUUGUGUACAUAUAUACAGCAAACCAAAAUCUCUGUGUAUAUACAGUACAAAUACAGUACAAGAGCACCACUUGAAUAUUAUUUAUUGUUCGUUGUUUUGUGAAAGGGUUGCAUUUAUUUUUGAUAUUUUGGUAUAUUAUGCUCAUCAGUCUAUUGGAGAAACAACAGCAACAAAAUCACAUUAACAGACCGACUGUUUAAAAUUUUGGGAUUCCAAUAAUCACAUUUUUGACAACGAUAAGCACAAUUUUGUCUUUCAUUUUGUCCGCCUUCCCCCUCCAGAUCUUGCUAACAUGUCUUCAUUUCACCAAGUAGCUAAUAUGUGUGUGAAAUAAUUCUCCAAACUGGUAUAAAAAAAAAGAAGAAAAAAAUGCAUUAGCUGUGAAUCUCUGUAUGAAAUAGUGGAGAAUAAUUUUAAAUCUAGUCUGAGGAGAAGACAUGGUAUACUGCAUGUGAAUGCUACCUACGGUAAGUGCAUCUUUUCUAUUGUCUUUUAAGUGUUUUUUGUGUGAGAGGUUAAGAUUCCCUUAAUUAAAACUGUGUGAAUUACUUUUUUGUCUUUUUGCCAAAACCGCUAUAUUGAUAUUCUGGCCAAAGCUGUUUUAGAUCCAAGCUCCUUAAAUCUUUCAUUCAAAGAUGCCCCCCCCCCCCCCCCCCCAACACUUGAUAUGAGUAAAGUGUCAAAGCAAUAAAGUGCACAGUAUUCUGUACCAACUCCCACAGCUCUCUCUCUCUGUCUCUCUCUCUCUCUCUGUCUCUCUCUCUCUCUCUCUCUCUCUCUCUCUCUCUCUCUCUCUCUCUCUCUCUCUCUCUCCUCUCUCUCCCUCUCUCUCUCCCUCUCUCUCCCUCAGAGUUCCAAACAGGAUGUAGUUGAGAGUUGCUGCUGCUGUACCACAUCUUUCUGGCAUGCAUUCGGUUGUCUAAAUAAACAUCUCCGUUACAAUGAA